CUCAGCCCCUGCCCUGGCCUGAUGAUGAUGGGGAGUAUGCAGGGGGCCGGGGUGGGGCUGAACUGUGGCGAUGAUGGGGGGGCAGUGGGGCAGGGCUAGGAGAUUGUGGGUGUCUUCAGGGCUUGCGGGGUGGUGUCUGACCCCAACCCCCUCCCCCCUGCCCCCAGGCAAUGGCGCUGACACGGGGCCCGGGGGCGCAGGGGCGCCGGGGGAGCCUUCCACUGCCCCCCAAGCCCCAGCUGCGGCGCGAGGCAGCAGUGGAGGAGCCGGACACAGGCCCGGGACCUGGGGGCCGUGGGGGCCCCUACCGCCUGGUACUGCUGGGGGAGCGUGGCGUGGGCAAGACAGCGCUCGCCACGGCCUUUGCAGGGACCCCACCUGGGCCCCCCGCUGAUGACGAGCCCCAUGAGGACUCCUAUGAGCGGCGCCUCUCAGUGGACGACGAGGAAGUGACCCUCAUCGUCUAUGACAUUGGGGACCAGGGCGAGGCAGGCGGGUGGCUGCAGGAGUCCUGUGUGCGCACAGGUGAUGCCUUCCUCCUUGUCUUCUCCGUGACCGACCGCGGCAGCUUCUCCCGCCUGGCACCUGCCCUACGCCGUCUCCGCGCAGACAGCCCCCGGCCCGACCCGCCCAUCAUCCUCGUGGCCAACAAGAGUGACCUGGCUCGUGCGCGCGAGGUCUCCCUUGAGGAGGGCCGGAGCAUGGCAGUGAUGCUGAGCUGCAAGCACAUCGAGACCUCAGCCGCGCUGCAGCACAACACACAGGAGCUCUUUGAGGGUGCCGUGCGCCAGAUCCGCCUUCGCCGUGGCCAUCUGGGGGGUGAUGCUGCCGGCGGGCGCCGCGAGAGCCUCACCGAAAAGGCCAAGCGCUUCCUGUCCAGCCUAGUGCCUCGCAACGGGCGCUUCUUCAAGCAGCGCUCCAAGUCCUGCAAUGACCUCUCUGUGCUGUGAUGCUGGCCCUUUAAGGGCAAGCCAGCAGUUGCAGUCCCCUUUGAGAGGAGUGGGUGGAUGGAAGCCACUCCUUUAAGAGAGGUGGAUGGGCAGAAGCCACACCUCUGGAAUGCUACCCACUGCCACUCUCUCAGGAGAGGAGUGGUGUGGGGGAAGGCACUGUCCCUUUAAGAGGUGGUCUUGCCCCAAAGCCCCUUUUGCCUCCACACCCCACCCUCCCCCUGGGCACCUGCCAGCUACUACUCGAUUGUUCUCCUCCAGCGUUCUGUUUCACCUUCAACAGAUCUUAACCACACCGUGGCUGCUGGAUGUUAAAGACAGUAGGGCCUGCUCUGUUCAGUGUCUGCCAUACCCAAGCACUUCACCUUUAAGAUGUUAAAGGCACCUGGUCAAUCUGGUUUGCCAGGUAAUCACAGCCUUGCAUUAAUCUUGGACCCUUCUUUUUUGUCCUCCAGUCCUCUGCUUCUCCUCUUGGAGACUUAAGGGGGCUGUGACAGUUGGACACUCAUGAAAGUCUGGGUUCAUGUAACUUACCUUUAAGGGGGUCUUAAAUGAACCAUGGCACUUAAGAAGCCAGCGCACUGGAUUUAGAUGUGGCCUCUGUAGGUAUGCGCUGCCCCCUUAAGGGGUCCUAAAGGCAUUGCAUCAGACACACUGGAAGGCCUUUUUUUGUCCUGGGUGUGUUUAUUUUUAAGCUACCGUUUCACUUUUAUGAGAAAGUUAAAGGAAAGCUCCAAGUUACCUACUCUUUUUCACUUUUGUAUCCUUCCCCUUUAAGAGAUUGCUGCUGUUUUUGUGCUGGAUUAAUAUCCUCCUGCCUUUUUAAAGGGUUCCUUACUUUAUUUUUUGUACCCCUCAUCUUUAAGAGGGUUUUAAAGACACAGGGCCUAUUUCAUAUGGGUGUUUGCAACCCCUCACCUCUGAGGGCUUUUGCACAGGACACUUACAGCCAGCUCUAUGCCCCGCAACUUUAAGAGGAUUUAUUCUUGUCCUCUGCACUCAGACUCCCUUUUAAGGGGGCAUUUAAAGGCACCGACUUCAGAAUGUUUUUUGGGACACUGAAAGCUGUUUUAAACAUUAGUUCUAACUCUUUACCUUGGACACUUGUGCAUUUCUCCUUUAAGAGUCUUAAAGUCACUAACUUUGGUCUCCUUUAUGAGGAAAUUGAUUACUUUUUAGCACCCGCCAGGUAUGUGCGACUUCCCUUUAAAGAACCCUUUAAGGCCAUCAUCUUGAUCCACCCUUAAGUGCCACUUUCCAAUAAAGGGAGAAUGGUAGAUUUGUUGUUUGUGGCCCCCCACUUUAAGGCCAUUCUUUAAGGCACACGGAUGGGAGGAGAUGGCCGUGGAUGACUUCCCGCUGGACUGUUUGUCUGUUAAACUUGUGACUCUCCUUUCCGAGAGACUCUUAAAAGCACCAAACCAGGAUCACCUCCUUUGACUACUUCUGCAUCAUCUGUCCUGGAAAACAGACCUGCCCUGCAGGAGCUCUUAAAGUCACAGACUCAAGGACGGACAGCUGUGGAAGGACAAAAAGACUUUCUGCUAAUUUUGGAACUAGCUGCCUGCUGUUUUGAACAUCACCUUUUAAGAGAGUCCUAAAAGGUGUGGACCUGGGAGUUUUCCUCCACAACCUGAGCAGCUCUAUGCCAUGCUCUUUUAAGGGACAACUCCAUGGGAUACCCCAGCCUUCACUCAACUCCCCUUUAGAGACUCUUAAAGUCACAGGCGCUUUUUUUCUACACGGUUCUCUGCUUUAAUGUCUAACAGGUGGUGGGAGCCAGGCCAGGGCUGGCUGGACAUCCCCUCACCCCAGCACCUUGGUGGGGACUUCAGUGCCCCCCACAAGCUAUUGCAGGACUGGCAGCCAUAAUGGCUUCCUGCUCUUAAUAAAAAGCCAUUUUCUA